GCCCGGCCCGUCCCGGCAGUUCCGGGCUCCGUACACGCGAUCGGGCACCGAGGUCGGGGUCGGAAUCGGGAUCGAGACCGGGAGCGGGAUCAGGACGACACCGGGGGAACGCAGCGAUGCAGCCGCCGCCGCGCAAGGUCAAGCUCACCCAGGAGCUGCGGGUCCACGUUCUGGAGCAGAUCUCGGGCCUGCAGAGCAAGCAGCAGCGGGACGCCGAGCUACUCGAGGACAUCAGAUCCUACAGCAAGCAGAGGGCUGCCAUUGACAGGGAAUAUGGGCAGGCACUGCAGAGACUGGCAAGCCAAUUUGUGAAGAGAGACUGGCAUCGGGGCCGCGGCGAGGCCAGUGACUCGAGGACCAUGGCUGCUGUCUGGAAGGGCGUCAUUGAGGGGACGGCGCACGCCGGGCAGGCCCAUGUCACCGCCUCAGAGAGCUACCGCACCCUGGCCACCGAAGUUGCCCGCACCGCCCGCCUCUCCAAGGAAAGGAUGCUCAAGAAGGGCAUGGAGCGGCUGCAGAAGGCGCAGGCGGAGCUGCUGGAGUCAGUGAAGGAGCUGGACAAGGCGAAGAAGCAGUUCACACACCUCCAGCGGAGCAGCGAGGUAGCCAAGGACAAGGCAGCUGACGUGGAGGCUCGCCUCCGGAAGAGCGACCGGCGAAUAUUUCACACCAAGGCCAGUCUGCAAAAGCUCAGUGCCAAGUUCUCAGCACGGCUGGCCGAGCAGUCAAAGCAGCUGGCGGGGGUGCAGAAUGAGUACAGCUUCGCCCUGGUCUCUGCCACUGCCCACCUGGAGCACUAUCAGCGUGUGGAGCUGCCCGCAGCCAUGCAGGCACUGGAUGGGGACCUCUACGAGCGGCUCCGGGAGCACUUGUCGGCCACCAGCCGGACAGAGGUGGAGACCUGCCGGGCCACGUGGGACUGGUUCCAGGGUGUUGCGGAGGCAUCCGCACGGGUGUGCCGGGAGCAGGACCUCCUCCUCUUCCUGCAGGACCACCCCGCCUUCUCCCUGGCCCCCGAGCAGCGCUUCCAGCUCACUGGGGUGGAGGAGGUGCGCCUGCUGCCACCAGGGGAUGAUGGAGCCAGCCUGGAGAAGGAGGCCCGGCGAUGGGCCACGCGUGUGGCCCGGGACCAGAAAAACAAGGCACACAGCGAGGAGGUGCUGCAACGGCUGGAGGCCAGGCGGCAGCAGCUGCCAGAGGGGGAAGCAGCCACCGUGGAGCGGCAGAUGGAAGAAGCGAGGGAAAACAUCCGAAAGGCAGAGGUCAGUCGAGUGAAGGCCGAGGCACGGCUGGCACUGCUGCGGGCAGCAGGGCUGGAUGUGGACGCCUGGCUGGCGGGGGCCAUGGUGGGGACAGGUAAGGAGACAGCCACGGGACUGGAUCCGGCCGAGUUUGAUGACUACGAGGACAGUGACGAGCCAGAUGGGGACGAUGAGCCUGGUCCUGCUGCUCGCACCUACCCCUACACCUGCCGAGUCAUCUUUGGGUACCAGGGCUGCCAGGCGGAUGAGCUGUCCAUCACCCAGGGUGAGGAGCUGGAGGUCAUCGAGGAUGGGGACGCAGAGGAGUGGGUGAAGGCUCGGAACAAGGCAGGCCAGGUCGGCUACGUCCCCGAAAAGUACCUGCUGUCCCUGGGGUGCGAUUCAGGGGCUGGGCUCAGCCCCCUGGGACCCUCUGCUUUGCACCGCCAGCUCUCCAGCAUCAUGGCAGCAGAACUGGUCCUAGAGCCUGGAGCCUGGCUGGUGCGGGCUCUGUACGAUUACGAGGGGCAGAGCCCUGAGGAGCUGAGUUUCCCUGAAGGGGCCAUCAUCCGGGUGCUGCCCCGCGCCGCUGGAGAGGUGGAUGAUGGCUUCUGGACUGGUGACUUCGACGGCCGUGUCGGCGUCUUCCCCUCCCUGGUGGUGGAGGAGCUCACCGGGGCCCGGGAGGCGGCGGGGCAGGAGCUGCCGUCGCCGUCCCCUCCACCCUUCUCCCCUCCUGGCCUCGCCACCGGGGCCCUACUGACCCCCAGCCCUGCUCCUGAGACAUUACUAGGAGGUUGCCGACAGGAUGGCACGGGCAGCGGGCAGAGCUCUCCGGACCUGGCAGCCACCCGACUACGGCCACUCCGAGCGCCACCCCCGCCACCCAGCAGAAUCCCUGAGUCCGACCCUGAGCUGCACUUCAGCUGACCCUGCGAGUCCCCCUCAUGCCUCUCUGUCCCCCAGAAAGCUUUGCCCGAGCAAACCAUCACAGGCUGCUGUCCCUGGCACUGCCCCAUGUCCUGAGCUGGUCUCUUCCAGUGGCUACAACCCACACAGUGCCACUUGCAGAGUGUUCCUGCAUCUCAGUACAGCACCAGGAACCCUGGCUAGCCCUUUUUUGGGGUGCUCAGUGCCACAGCCAGGCCCCAUCUCACUCACCUCUUACCUCUGCCUUUUCUGCCUGGCAUCACCUGUGCACCCCCAGCACAGCCCUGGCCCCCGGACCUUGCCGGCCCCCCACAGGCAGGAGUGGGUGGGGGGAGCUGUUCCCAAUAAAUCCAGU